AUGGGUGGCAAACUACUCAUAUUCGUACUUUUGGGAUGUUCUUUCCUGUUAGUCGUGGAUUCAAGACGCCCUCCGAUUCAACAUGACAACGUCGAGGAAGAUUGCGAAGAGGAUGAUGGAGGUGGUUAUGAUUCUGAUGGAAGACCGAAUAGAGUUGGAGCAACGAGGCCACCGGCAACGAGGCAGAGAGCAGAGGACGACUGGGAUGGAGUAGAGGAACCGACAGAUGAUGACUAUUUGAGAUAUGAGAACACCAAUCAAGAGGGAAUCUGUCUGUUAGAGCGUGGAAAGUGUCCUCAAGGAGAUUGGAGAAUGUUCAAGAGACACAACGAAACGGUUUGCCUGAAAAUAUAUGGAGCACCGUACACCAUCGAUAUUUCCACUGCUGCGAAAGUUUGUCGUGAACAAGCAAAUGCUCGUGUCAUGACUGUAGACAGCGACGAGGAGAGAAGAUGGAUUUAUUCAACUCCACUUGGAGGAAAUGGGUCAUAUACGAUGAUGUUCAUCGCUGGUAAUCGUAACCGAGAGUGUAAAGCGAAUCCACUUGUUCCAAAAUGCGCGGAUAAGAAUACUGCAUUCACUCAAUCUGAUGGAACUUCUGAUCACAAAUACAUAUACUCUCGAUGGGCUCCCACAAUACUGAACCGCUUUUUAUAUGGAGGUUACGAUGACUGCCUCGCCUUUCUUACUUAUCCGCAUGCAAUUUCAAUCGACCACGCUGUUCAAGACUUUACUUGUGACAAACAUACUCUGAAUACCGUUCUCUGUGGGGUUACUGUUAUGUGA